AUGAAUGAAGAAAAUAGUAGUGGAGCUGGGCCUAGCGUUCAAAUUAGUCCUGAAAUGAUGUUGGUUUUGGAGGAAAUGAGGAAUAUGUUGAAGACUAUUAGGGGAGAUCAAGAAAAUACGAAUACAAUAAACACUGAUCGUGUGGAAGAACAAGAUCGUAUAAAUAAUCCGGAGCGAGAAGGUGAGAAUAAACGAAGGUGUACUUACAAGACCUUUAAGGAUGCUGAUCCCCCGAUAUUUAAAGGAGAUUUGGAUCCACAUGUUGCGAAUACGUGGAUUAAGGAAAUGGAGAAAGUGAUAGAAAUUUCUGAAUGCUUGGAUGAACAAAAGGUGAAAUUCGCAACACACUCUUUAAGGGGGGAAGCAGUAUUUUGGUGGGACACUGUUAAACAGACGGAAGAUUGUUCAACAAUGACUUGGAUGAGGUUUAAGGAGUUGUUCUUUGAUAAAUAUUUUCCUGCGUGUAUGAAAAAUGAGAUGGAGAUGAAGUUUUUAGGAUUGAAGCAAGAAGGAAUGUCUGUGUCAGAAUAUUUGUCGAAGUUUUUGGAGCUUUCUAGGUUUGCCCCUCAUCAGGUUAAUACUGAAGCUAGGAAAUGUCAGAGAUUUCAGGAGGGACUGAAACCUCAAAUUAGAGAAAGGGUCUCUUUGUUGGAACUAGAGCAAUUUGAUAAGUUGGUGGGAAAAGCUAGGAUUGCCGAAAGGGAGUAUGAAGCUCGCACCCAAUUCUUCAACAAUAAGAAAAGAGGAAGAGAAACAGAACUGCGUGAUAAUUCAGGAUAUAAGAAGGAUGAUAAGAAGUUUCAGAAGACAAAGAAAGAUAGUUUCCCGGGAAAUGAUAGGAAGACCACCAUACCGGAGUGUAAGAAGUGUGGACUAAAGCAUGGUGGUGACAUUUGUUACCGAGCUGAUGGGUUGUGUUAUAAUUGUGGAGAAAGGGGGCAUAUAGCGACUCAAUGCCCAAGGCCGAAAGUGAUUUCUUGCUAUAGUUGCGGAAAACCGGGACAUGUAUCAAGGGACUGCCCACAGAAAAGAGUCAAGCAAGAAGUUGAAACUAAAGAAAAUAGAACUACCACAUCAAGACCUUUUCAGCAAUCAACACCUAGGGCAGUGGCAAGAACCUACGCAAUGACGACUCAGGAUGCUGAAAUAUCGAAUGAUGUGGUGUCAGGAAAGAAUUUUGGAGAAGGAUGUUCUGGAAAGGAUAAGAAUGUGAUGAACUAAGGUUUUAGUGGCAACAAGAGGCUUGUAGAGGAAGAUGUUAAUAUAAUAUGCUUGUGUUUGUGUUUAAGUUAGGAGCUUAUGAUGUAAUCUUUAGUUACAAACUUGAAGACGUUGUAAGAACUUUAUAUUAUGAAGUGUUGUUAAGGUUGUGUAAGCA